GAGGAGGGGAAGAAUGGAGAGAUACAGCCAAACUUCCACAGCAAGAAAGGAAAUGCUGUGCCGGCAGCCUGGACCAAGCAGCCCUGAAUUUUAAUUAGCCCCUUUUCAUCUGAAUGGAGAACUCAGACCUUGUCCUGGUGGGUGGGAACACAGCAGACAUUUCAGGACAGGCUCUUUUCCUGGGAGAACAGAACUUUUGGAAAAAAAGGCUGUUGUAGAGUUAGACUAAUCAGCCAUGCUCUCUUACACCUGCUGCAAGCUGUGAAUGAUUUUUCCUAUUUGAAUCAUUCAACUUUGUCCAUGCUUCAACAUUACGGUUUACAGGUACCCUACUCUUUGGAGGAGUAAUUUCCAUCCUCAGGACACUCGCACUGCUACAGCCCAUGAAGAGGGUCUUCUGUUUGAUGUGUUCAUAAGGUAGACUCAAGGGACAAGCAGCUAAUCAAUUAACAGCCUCCCAAGACAAAGAAUACCACAUGAGAAGUGUUUCCCAACAAAACAUAAGCUGUUUUUCUCCAACUCAAAGCAUCCCCUGGAAUAGUUGGAUCAAUUCUGUGCACUGGGAGACCUUUGUCUUAUUUGAAUCAACAUGGAAAGGAAUCUUAAGAAUGUUUUGGUCAUUUCUUUUGGAUUUUUACUUCUCUUCACUGCUUAUGGAGGGCUCCAGAGUCUACAGAGCAGUCUCAACUCUGAGGAAGGCCUGGGCGUUGCUUCCCUAAGCGUUCUCUAUGCUGCUCUUAUCAUCUCAUCCAUGUUUCUCCCUCCAAUUCUCAUCAAGAAGCUGGGCUGCAAGUGGACCAUUGCAGGCUCCAUGUGCUGCUACAUCGCCUUCUCCCUGGGGAACUUCUAUGCUAGCUGGUACACACUAAUCCCUACCUCUGUGAUCCUGGGCUUAGGAGGAGCACCACUCUGGUCUGCCAAAUGCACUUACCUCACCAUUGCUGGCAAUUCAUAUGCUGAGAAAGCAGGAAAAAUUGGGAAAGACAUUAUCAACCAAUACUUUGGGGUCUUCUUUCUGAUAUUUCAGUCCUCUGGAAUCUGGGGAAAUCUUAUUUCAUCCCUGAUACUUAGCCAAUCUUCCAACAAAGUGGAAAUCUCAGAAGAAGACCUGGCAUGCUGUGGGGCAUAUGAUUGUGAGAGCAAUACCACUAACACCACUGCCUUGGCAGAACCCUCUAAGACCUUGGUCUACACUCUGCUAGGGGUCUACACUGCUAGUGGUGUGCUAGCUGUGUUGCUGAUUAUUAUAUUUCUGGACCAGAUCAAAUCUGACCAAGCAGAGACUGAGAAAGAAAUACAAAAGACACCAUCCUUUUGGUCUACGUUCCUAGCAACUUUCCAGCAGCUUAAAGAUAAAAGACAGUGUCUUCUAAUCCCUCUGACAAUGUACAGUGGGUUUGAACAGGGAUUUCUUGCUGGUGACUACACAAAGACUUAUGUGACCUGUGCCUUGGGGAUUCAUUAUGUUGGUUACGUGAUGAUCUGCUUUUCAGCUGUGAAUUCCCUUUGUUCUCUGCUCUUUGGAAAGAUCUCUCAGUUCACGGGUAGAAAAUUUCUAUUUGCAUUAGCCACAGCUACGAACACUGCCUGUAUAAUAGCACUACUGCUGUGGAAACCUCAUUCUAACCAGCUUGUCGUGUUUUUCAUAUUCCCUGCUCUUUGGGGCUUAUCGGAUGCCAUUUGGCAGACACAAACUAAUGGACUGUAUGGUGUUUUAUUUGAGAAACACACAGAGGCUGCCUUUGCAAAUUACCGUCUCUGGGAAUCAUGUGGAUUCGUCAUUGCCUUUGGUUACAGCACCACGCUGCGAGUCUACAUCAAGCUGUACAUUUUACUAGCUGUGCUUAUGCUGUCUAUGGUGACAUAUGGAGUGGUUGAGUACCUGGAAGCUAAGAGAUCCCCUGGGACACCUGCUGCUGCAGAAAAAGAAAAUAAGGGACCUCACACCCAGGAAACACGUAUCUAAGCCAUCAGGGUCAGAGUAAUCAAAGUCAUUUUCUAUAGGCAGGUUUCUAUGGGUGUUCCAAAGUUCCACAGCUUCAAACAGAUUUUGAGGCCAAGAAAAUACAAAUGUCUUAGGAGUAAAAAUUUCUCUUGACAUUUCAGCCUUAUAAAGGAAGAUUAUCUGACUUCAUCCUUUCAUACAACUGAACACCUCUUUUUUUUUUUUUAAUUAAUAAAGUCUCACUAAAUAUAUACAAGA